CGCUCGCUCGCUCUAUCGAUCUUGUUGAUUUUCGAGCAAUCCGAGGCGAGUACAACAAUCGAAACGACAGUUUUUGUUAUUUAUUUGAAUGGCUAACAACGCUCAAAUUCCUUCAAGAAACUCAGCACUCAUUGCUAUGAUUGCUGAUGAGGACACAGUAACUGGAUUUUUACUGGCUGGAGUAGGCAAUGUGGAUUUGCGAAGGAAGACAAAUUAUCUUAUUGUGGACUCGAAAACAACGGUGAAACAAAUUGAGGAUGCAUUCAAAGAGUUCACAACAAGAGAGGACAUUGCAAUAGUGAUGAUCAGUCAAUUUGUUGCAAACAUGAUAAGGUUUCUAGUGGAUAGCUACAAUAAGCCAGUGCCAGCAAUUUUGGAGAUUCCUUCCAAGGACCAUCCUUACGAUCCUACACAUGAUUCUGUUCUUUCACGAGUGAAGUACCUCUUCUCUGCUGAAUCAGUGGCAUCUGGGAGGCGUUAAAUUCUCACCUACAUAGUUGAUUUAUUUCCGCCCAUUGUUAUAUCAUGUUUCAGCACCAUUUCCCUUGAGUUGCGUAUCGUGUCCUGAAUCAUUUAUCUUUUUGCACUUGAGUUGUUUGUUUUCUUUUUCUUUUUUUCAUGAAACUUGUUUAAGAUGCGGCGUAGCUGUUGGUCUUGAUUGUAAUUUCAAAUAAGCUAUAUUUAUGAAACCAUUUAUUGGAAAUUUAUAUCUAUAGUGAAAAUUGAUUCAAAUGUCAUA